UCAGCAGCAAGGAUGAAGCCACGAGGGUGGUGUGGGCACAGCUGACAGGAGAGCGGAGAGGAGGCGGAAGCAGAACACAGGGAGAGAGUAGCCGGCAAGGAGGUAACAGGAGCGAGGAAGAUGUUGUUCCAGGGCCUAGAUUAGGACACAGUGGUUUGAACAGGACGUUACAGAUCAUAGGAAAGCAUGAUACAGGGAGAUGGGACAUUUGUCAAGAGGGGGCAUCAGUAGAACAUGUGCUUUUAUGGUGCAGGGGCGAUAGUGCGAGCAGGGAGACCAUGGUACAGCAGCUGGAGGAGCUUGGCAUUGAAUCUGAACUGUUCUGGGCACAGGUUAGGGUGGUAAUGAAUGUUUUAAAGGAUACAGGGAUUUAGAGUAGACUGUGGAUCAGAUUCCUCCCCCCAUCCCUUGUAUAUUGUUGUGAGCCGAUUCUCUGAGCCGUAUAUCCAGCUGGUGGCGGUAAUGCUCCUCGUACGGUUGCGAUCCGCCGUUAAAUUCAAAGAAGAAGAAGAAUACGCGACGAUGUGACGUAAAAGCAACUUCCGCUACUUCCGCUGCUGUCGUGCAAAUUAGAUUAAACUUUAUUGUCGUUGCUGCCAGUUACAAGAACCAAGACAACAAGCUGCAGGACCUGUUCUGAGGAGACAAAAACGACUCCACACAGCACACUUUGAUGGUUAUGGAGAAUGAUGGACAACCCGACUGCAAACAAGAGCCACAUACCCUGUCAGGCGUGGGCAGGCCAGAAUGGCUGGUCAGCAGCUUCCUCUCAAGGCCUCAUCAACCCGCUCACCAGCUCUCAGCAGCUUAGCCUGGGCAUGGCCUCCGGUCAGAGACCCUCCUAUAACCACCUGCAGGCAUCCAGCCAGAGCUGUAUGAGCGACCUGAGCACCUUGUCCUCCAGAAACAGCCUUCAUCACACUCCCCUGUACAGAGCUCCUCACAUUAGCGGCGUUUCAUCAUCCACAGCGCUGUUCAGCAACACUUCUGUCCCGGGUGCGUCUCACAUGACGGCCUUUGCUCAGCAAGGCCCUCACACCUCAUCAAUACUGAUGACUGCAAACCAAGGAAAGAACAUGCCCACGCCAUCUCAUCCCCAACCAGACCAAAGACCAGAGCCCUGCAGGGCCCAGCAUCUACCACCUCUGUCACAGCACCAGGUGUCAUUUCAGACCCCACUGACCAGCCAAGGCCUACCGAGUGGACUUCAGGAUCUGACCGUCAGUCUGCCGUCGUGUGGGCAGCAUGAGCAGCCUCAGUGGAUGCCUUCCUCCCAUUGUAGGGGAGGCGUAAGCGAGUCUGUGCCAGCUGCUCAUCCUGACAAAGAGCCACUGCAGGACGGGAAUGUUCUUCCACUGAUGAGCAAUGACAGACGGCGUUCGGUCCUUUUACACCAGCGCUCACAGCUCCUCAAACAGCUGGCAGAGAUGGAUAAAAUUCUGGAAUCGUUGCCUCCAGAGGACAGCAGGGACGGACACUCUCCCCACACGGCUGCUCAGUCGUCUCCAUCCGUGGAUGAUUCAUCUCGAUGUGAACAGAUGAAAACCAGCGAUGCUCACCAAGGAAAGUCACAUCCUUCAUCCCCUUCUUUCUAUGAGGAGGAAAACGAGACCUGUGAUUCGCCAGAGGAUGUGAUGUCAGCAGCAGAGUCAGCGAAGGAGGACAAUGCUUCAGCCGAGUCAUGGGAUGACAGCGAUCCGGAUUACUUACCUGACAGUGAUGCCGACGUCUCUGAUCGCCCGUCCAAGACCAAGACCAAGGACUACUCCUCCGAUGAGAUCAGCCACGGCAGUCCCUCGACCCCCACAGGCCAGAGACCUCCUCUCCCAGAAGAAGAAGGCUGUGAAUCAGAAAGUUCUGUGUCGAAGGAAGAAAGUGUCACACCUCCAAAGAAGCCACGUGAAAAUAAUCGGAAGAAGCUUUCAGAAACUCUGGUGCUGCCAGUUUCAAGUUCAAAAGCCCAGCGCGUCUACGACAAGAGGAAUUACUGUUUGUUCUGCUCCAAGCCAGUGCUGAAGAUGUCGCGCCACCUGGAGAGGCUUCACAGCGACAGAGCUGAGGUCGCGGCUGCCUUCCAGUUUCCCAAACACUCCAGAGAAAGACGGAAGAUACACUGCAGGCUAAUAAAUCAGGGAAACUUUAAACACAAUAAAAAUGUUCUGAAAACUGGAGAUGGACAACUGGUCGUACGAAAAAGACCAAAACGAACGGCCCAAGCCCAAGACUUUCUCCACUGCCUUUACUGUCAGGGUCUUUAUGUGAAGAAGGCCUUGUCCAGACACAUGAAGAAGUGCCCGGAGAAAGAGAAAAACGCCGAUGAGUGCGACAUCAGUAGAAGGCGUGUCGCAUCACGCUGCAUGCUUCAGACUGUGAACUGUGAAGACCUGGGCAUUAGCGACAGCGUGAAGAACAUCAUCGGCGAGAUGGUGUACGACGAAGUGACGCAGGCCGUCAUUGGCGACAGGAUCAUCCGGCAGUACGCCGAGCAGAUGUUCGAUCAGUACGGCCGUGAUGUUCAGAAGCAUCAUUACAUCAGGCAGAACCUUCGUCAGGUGGGGAGGCUUGUGCUCGAGGCUCAGAAAAUAACCCCCAUGCAGAGCUUGGAGGACUUCUUUUACCCCUCAAACUUCCGUCAUGUGGUGUCUGCGGUGAACGUCCUGGCCGGCUACGACUCGGAGCGCAAGACCUACAGCACGCCGUCGCUCGCUCUCAAGCUGGGCUACAACCUCCAGAAGACGUGCAGCAUCGUGGAGGCCAACGCAGUGAAGAGCGGCGAUGCAAAGCUGGCAGAGUCCGCUAAGAACUUCCUCUCUGUCUACCAGAAGAAAUGGAACAAGCUCAUUUCCUCUGGUGCCUUAACAACUCUCAAAGAAACUAAACUGCACUCAGAAAAGCAGGUUCCAUUUGUUCAAGACGUGAAGCGCCUGCAUUUCCACCUUGAGAACAGUCAUCACGCUGCCGAGCAGAAGCUCAGAGAAAGCCCUUCAGCAGAAAGCUACGCAGCUCUGGCCAGAGUCGUUCUCACUCGGAUUAUCAUUUUCAACAGGAGGAAGCCUCGAGAGGUUUCAUCAAUCCCACUAACAGCCUUCAUGUCCCGCAAGAAGUCAGACGUGCUGGACGACAUGGACGUAUCCGUGUCGGACUUGGAGAGAACCAUGUGCAGGUUCUUCGUGAGAGUUGACGUACGAGGUCAGUGUGGGAGGAUGGUCCCUGUGCUGCUAAAGCCCUCGUUUGUCUCAGCACUGGAGCUCCUCGUUAACGUCCGCGAGGCCUGUGGCGUCCCCAACAAGAACCCCUUCCUCUUUGGCCGGCCGAGCGUUCUGUCUGCCUACAAGGGCACAGAGAUGAUCCAGAGGUUUGUCAAACACUGUGGAGCCCAGAACCCCAAAGCACUGACAUCGAGGAAGAUCCGGAAGCAUUUCGCAACAAUGCUGCAGCUGAUCACCCUGGAUGACAACGAGGCCCACCAGAUUUUAGGCCCGAAUAAUCAAGUCCAGGUCCUGCGACAGCACAGCGACUCGAUGCUCGACGAUGCUGAAAUGGAGGUUGGAGCGAGACCACGACCUGCAGGAAGACGGCGAGCAGCGUCCUGGGAUCACAGCGGGAGCUCCAGUGCAGGCAGCAGCGUAGCAGCAGAGCUUUAUCGUCCACCAGCGUGUGGAGCAGCGACGAGCGCCACCGCAGCCACGCCUUCCAGAUGUGUCGCAUCAGGGAAACAAGACUCCCACUGCAAAACCAAACAUAAGUGGGAGGAAGCAGAGGUUCGAGCGGUGGAAAGACACAUGAUGCGUUUCAUUCAAGGACACAAGGUGCCUCAGAAAGACGACUGCAUCCAGUGUCUGGAGGCCGAGCCCAAAGCGCUGAGGACCCGUUCGUGGAAAGGUGUGAAGGACUACGUCAGAAACAGGAUCACUGCCCUGAAAAGACAAAGUGGUCACUCCCGCAAAUCGUCCAAGAAGUCUUAAGACGCCCGGUCAAGUGGAACGUUUCCAGCAGCUUUGGCCACUUCUGUGUGCUUUUCCCUCAUCGUGUCCGGUCACUGUUGGUCUCGGAUCUCCUCAUCAGUGUCCGUCUCUGCCACAACAUUGGCAGCAUUUCCAUUGGGACGGCCAGGAAGAGGACGGUGGGACGUUUUGGUGGAUGGACUGCAGCUGGUCUUGGUUCCUGCUCUUCCUUCUCAUGAUUGUCUUUCUUUGUUAUUUUAGUUGUAUUUUGCAGAGAUGGUUUGUACAUACUGUCAGCUGAUGCUGAGGGCGUUAUACGGAUCCUGCUGAUGGCACAUUUUUAAGAUUGACCAACUUGUUUGGUGCACAGGAUUUGGUUGCUCUGUUUGUUUACUGGUAUGUGGUGCUUUGUUUUACCUUGUAUAACCAUCUACCAGAAAUAAAGUGGCGGGAUAAUAUUU